GGCUGAAAGCAGCCCCCAGAGCGGCACCGGGAGAAAGUUCGCCAAUGAGUGGCAAUAGGAGCCCGGUGCAUUAGGGGCAUCUCUGCGGCUGCUGGAUGGUGCAGGUGGGGAGCAUUGACGGGAGCUGGCGGAAGGAGGCCGGGGAAGAUGCUGCCGCGGCAGGGGCUGCCUGGCUGAAGCUGCUGGCGCUCCGGACUCCAUCCCCCCCUUCCCCAUUGUGACCUUGGCUGCCUCCCGUUCCAUGAGCGCCUCGUCCUCCCCCCGCCUCUGAGACCCCCCCACCUAUGGCUGCAGCGGAAGAAGGGACCGGCUGUUUUCUCCCGAGAGGCAGGUCCCAGAGUGACCCCAGCGUCCUCACAGACUGCGCUGCCCCUGAAGCCGGAGAGAACCCAGAUGAGAUGGAGCAGUCCCCUGCAAUGCAUUCUGAAUAUCUGGUCUCAGGGAUUAGAACUCCGCCUGUGAGAAGGAACAGCAAGCUGGCAACAUUGGGCAGGAUCUUCAAACCAUGGAAGUGGAGGAAAAAGAAAAACGAGAAACUAAAGCAAACAUCAGCAGUGUUAGAGAAGAAGAUUACUGCAAGGCCAGGUCGGGAUGAACUCAUUAAGAAAGGUCUUCUGGAGAUGAUGGAACAAGAUGCUGGAGGCAAAGCAUGCGCUGCUGAUGGUGCCACCAGAUCAAUGCAGAGUGACCCUUCAUCCCCCGUAUGCCAGGCACUUACCUCAGAAGAGAUGCAGCAGGAAAGUACAGCAGCAACAACAAAUGCAACCUCAUUUAGCGAGGAGCUGCACUCAGAGGAGCUGAAAGACGAUGCAGCCAAGAAACCUUCAUUGUCCACUGAAGAACUAGAAGAUGCCUGCCUGCCAGUAACCGAAGAGACUCCACAAGCCUUACUUAUUUCUGAAUCCACAGAUUCCCCACAGAAACCAAUGGAAAGAAACCUAGCACAGCUCCCCAGCCCCCCUUCACUUCCAAUUCCACCACCUAAGGCAAUCUCCAAAAUCAAGAGUGUAACAGCAGCAGGAAGUGAAGUAGAUGAGCCAGCAGUGAAAUCCCCUCCUUCCACUAUCCUGAAGAAUUAUGUCAUUGUUGGUUCCUCCCAAAUCUCAGGACAAGCUGCCCUCUUCCAUCCAUCAGGCCAGAAAGGCUCCGAUCCCCAUGUCAGAGGACAGCUACCAACGCCGACCGGUUCCCCUCAUCCCGCUGCUGUCCACCUGCCUUUACCUCCCAGCAGAGUCAUUGAGGAGCUCCACAGGGCUCUGGCCACCAAACAUCGGCAGGAUAGCUUUCACGGCAGAGAAAGCAAAGGGUCUCCCAAAAAAAGAGUGGAUGUCCGUCCAUCCAGAACAUCUAGCAUCGAGGGCAGCAAAGAAAAGGAGAACGCACUGAGCCACAGUAAUGAUCCGGAGAACAAGCGAAACUCAGUCAAAGAGUCAGAUGAGAACAAAGAAAACCUGAUCAUGAACUCAGAACUCAAGGACAACUUGGUUUUUUAUCAGGAUGAAGAGGUGUUGAAUGACUCCAUCAUUUCUGGUACCUUGCCAAGAAAAUGCAAGAAAGAGCUGCUGGCAGUAAAGCUACGGAACAGGCCAAGUAAGCAGGAACUGGAAGACAGGAACAUUUUCCCAAGGAGGACGGAUGAGGAACGGCAGGAAAUCCGGCAGCAAAUCGAAAUGAAACUUUCAAAGCGCCUGAGCCAAAGACCUGCUGUCGAGGAGCUCGAAAGAAGGAAUAUACUUAAACAAAGAAAUGAUCAAACAGAGCAGGAAGAAAGAAGGGAAAUCAAGCAGAGGCUGACGAGAAAGCUCAAUCAGAGACCUACAGUCGAUGAACUAAGAGACAGAAAAAUUUUAAUUCGAUUCAGCGAUUAUGUGGAGGUGGCAAAAGCACAGGACUACGACAGACGAGCAGACAAACCCUGGACAAGACUAUCAGCAGCUGAUAAGGCAGCAAUUCGUAAAGAGCUAAAUGAAUACAAAAGUAAUGAAAUGGAGGUACAUGCAUCAAGCAAGCAUUUGACAAGAUUUCACAGGCCAUAGAGAUUUUCUUCUGAGAAGAAUUUGUCUUUACUUUCGAUACUGCUACUGAACACACAUCAGGGAACGUAUAAAGGUCUUUCCCUGAAGUUCAGUUCACGAUAACCUGACGUGUGUGUGAGAGAAGGACUGUGCAGGAGAAUCUCUGCAGCUCGUACACACAGGAGCUACCUACCAGAGGACGUACUUCGCUCUUUGAUGCCUGAAGAGUGAUGGCCUGUGGGGUGGGAGGAUCAGCUGAAAACGAAUGAAGUAAAGCUACUGGAAGGAACUUACUGCUCUCCUUUAACACUUGUUUUAAACGGUUUUGCAGCAUAUCUUGGAAAAGGAGAUGUUGUGCAUGUACAGGCUUUACCAUUCCAGGGCCUCUGACAUAAUGGACAUGACGCACUGUCAUUCAGUAUUAUGUUGACAAGACAUUUUGAACUAAUCACAAUUAGUUUGUAAAACACUUACGUUCAUGUUAUACAAAAUGAUUUAAUGUAUUAUAAGUUCUUUCUUUUUUAUAUAAUGUCUAACGAAAACACAGCUGCAACAUUUUUGAUUCCUGUUAAUUUUGUUCUUUAAUUAAAUGACUACUUAUUGCAGGAAAUGAGCGCACUUCUUUUAAAUUGCUUUUUUC